UGUAUAGCUGCGUUAUCGCAUUAUUUUAAUAUAUAUGUAAUAUUGUUCUCCACUUUAAAUAUUAUAUUCCCAAAAUUAUUAAAAUAUAUACAUAUCUGUUUGUAAACGUCGACAGCCUUAACGAACAUAUGGCAACUAACCCUCCUAUAGUCAAUCAAUUGUAAGCGUUAACGGACAUGUAGCUGCAUGCAACAUCCCUGCAGGGACAUGUAGAUGUUCCUCCCUCCAAAUGAUAUUCAAUGUAUACGUUAAAUACCAUAAAAUAAUAUCAGUCGCUCUACAUCCACCCGAGUGUCUACUCUGUCCGUGCGUUCAUCUCGUUUUAAAAUAAAAAUAUUUUUUCGGUGUUUAAAAUAAAAUAAUUUUUUGGUGUUUAAAAUAUUUUUUCGGUGUUUAAAAUAAAAUAAUUUUUCGGCGUUUAAAAUAAAAUAAUUUUUCGGUGUUUAAAAUAAAUAUGGCUGGACCAGUCGCAAAUAUGGCUAAUAUUUGGAAGAAGAAGCCUUUUAAAUAUACUCCACCAUCACCGCCAGCUAAUCUCAUCGAUUGCAGUAAUUUAACUAUCGAUUUCGCGGCCCGUAAGUUUUUAAACAUUGGACUAGACCCUACCGAUGAAUUCAAUACCAGGAUACAUAUUAUAACAGCUUCACGUUAUGUAAAUAUUCCUGUCGACUUUCUAAAUCGAAUAUUCAGACUUAUGGGAAACAUUCUAUCGUUCAUACUCGAUCAACCAGAAAAAUAUAAACGAAAAUUAUUUUUGGAGACAGACUCAAUUUCAUUAUCUAGUAUGGUGUAUCAAUCGGAGAAUACACUCGUUAUAGAAUCAAAAAUUCAAGACGGUUGUCGUGUUUUGUUAAAUCGUACCGACCUAUUACUCUUGCAAGAUUUAGAAUCUACCAUUUCUGAGAUCAUCGAUAGAAAAUCUAUUAUAAUUAAACCAAUUGUAAUACAUCAAAUUGAUCUAAUCGCCUCAUUCUUAAAAACAAACUCGAUGUUAAAACACUCGACACUCGAAAUAAUGAGAAACCGUGUGAGAAACGUCAAUAAUGAUUUCAUUUCAAUACACGUUAUUGGUGAGAACGACUACAUUUUCACAAGUCAGUUAAAAUUAUACGCAACUGAUUGUAUCGUUCAAAAAUGGAUGGAAAAAUUGGAAAAAGAUGAGGGAUACAAUGGUCAGUGUUCAUUAGUUUAUUCUCCGCCAUCGUUUAACAGUUUAUAUGGACAGGAAAAUCUGCCAUUAAUCUCGCCCUUAUCUCCACCGACACAAGAGAGCCACGUCGAAAACAUGGAGUAUUCUCUACCCACACAGGAGAGCCCCGUCGAAAACAUGCAGUAUUCUCUACCCACACAGGAGAGUCCCGUCGAAAACAUGCAGUAUUCUCUACCCACACAGGAGAGCCCCGUCGAAAACAUGCAGUAUUCUCUACCCACACAGGAGAGCUUCACCGAAAACGAUGGACCAUUUGGACCACAGUAUAUAUAUAACUAAUUUUAUUUGUACUAUUGUAAUUUUUGUGUAAAAUAAAAA